AGUUUUCACACCUCCAUUGAUUUAGUCUCCACGGGCCCGUUACGCCCCCUUCGGGUGCUCGCCUAGUAUGCGUGCGCUGAGCAUCCCUUUUAUCACUCUUCAUUAUACUUAUAUCAUAACGUGCACCAUUAUCACGUUCAUUAUUCUCUACUGCUAUGGCAACCUUACUGCUAUCGAUGCUUUCUUCCUCAGUCUGAGUGGAUCAACUGAGUCUGGUCUGAACAGCAUCGACAUCAAACUUCUCAAGCUGUACCAGCAGAUAUGUCUCUACUUCCUCCCUCACAUCACCAACUUGAUGUUUAUCAGUCCCCUUACUGUUGCUUGGCGGCUCUUCUGGUUCCACAAGCACAUGAACAGCUACGACGAUGCACCGGCUCGCGGGCCAACCUCUGACGAUGCCCCUUCGUUGCCAACUCAAUCAAACGAGGAGGGCCACAAUGGCGACAGCAGCGACGAAGAUGCUUACCCACAACCUCAUCCCUCUCCACACAUCACCUACCCGGCGGAGCUUCCCAAGCCGCGAAGGCGCGAAAGUCCUGCCCUCUAUAAGAUCACUUCGUCUGCCUUUGUGCUGGGCUCUUCUUCCAUGCACCGACGCAAAUCUCGGACCCCAACCCUGGCCCACGACGCAGCUGACAGGGUCACGCUGACCCAGAGCAGAUCUGGUAUAGUGAGCCUGCCCCGCCUCUCUCGCUCCGUCACCAUCGGCCGCAACUCGAAUUUCUUCAACCUCACCGAAGAAGACCGAGAAACUCUCGGCGGCGUCGAGUACAGGGGCUUGAAGCUUUUAUUGAAGAUCACAUCUGCUGUAGCGUAUUUCGUCCUGGGCCAUGUCCUGGGUGCCAUCUGCCUGAUCCCCUGGAUCCAUAAUGCGCCGAGCAAAUACAGAGACUGGCUUCAGGAGUCGGGUCAAAACGAAACCUGGUGGGCAAUCUACUCAGCCCAGACCAUGUUCAAUAACCUCGGCUUCACGCUGACCCCGGAUUCAAUGAUGAGCUUCAGAGACGCCACCUGGCCCAUGAUCAUCAUGACCUUCCUCGCCUUUGCCGGCAACACCUGCUACCCUGUCUUCCUGCGGCUCAUCAUCUGGAUCACCUCCAAGCUCGUCCCCCGGAAAUCCGUAACCGGGGAGACCCUCCGCUUCCUCCUCGACCACCCCCGACGAUGCUACACCCUUCUGUUCCCGAGCCGCCCCACCUGGGUCCUCUUCGGCAUCGUGGUGCUCCUCAACUUCAUCGACGUGACACUCAUUAUUACCCUCGACCUCGACAACGCCGCGGUGAACACAUUACGGAUGGGGCCCCGAAUCCUGGCUGCGCUCUUCCAGGCCGCGUCUGCGCGUCACACGGGCACCUCGGCCUUCAACCUGGCCAACAUGAACCCGGCCGUGCAGUUCAGCCUCCUCGCCAUGAUGUACGUGGCCGUCUUUCCGAUUGCCAUCAGCGUCCGCGCGUCAAACACGUACGAAGAGCAGUCUCUGGGCAUCUACCCGGACGACGAGGUACCCGUCGACGAGUCCAACGGCCGGAAGUACGUCCUCAUGCAUAUCCGGAACCAGCUCAGCUUCGACAUGUGGUACAUCUUCCUCGGCACCUUCAUCAUCUGUGCUGUCGAAUCGGGCAGGAUCAUGGACCCAACAGAUCCCUCGUUCUCGGUCUUUCCAAUCUUCUUUGAGGUCACGUCUGCAUACGGCAACGUCGGUCUCUCCCUUGGCCACUCGGCUGUCUCAACCUCGCUCUCAGGCCAAUUCAGCCUCGCGAGCAAGCUCGUCAUCUGCGCCCUCAUGAUCCGCGGACGGCACAGAUGGCUCCCUUAUGCGCUGGACCGGGCCGUCAUGCUCCCAACCGAGAGGGCCCGACAUGGCUCAGACAGCCAACAUCCCGACGACCACAACGACAACAACGACAACGACAAGGACGACGACAAACGAUGUGUGAAAAUUAGUGCUCCCGUCUUGCACGAAGACGAGAACGAUGCCUCUUUGGACCUGCCGUCUUUGUGA